CUCAAAUCCUCUCAACUCAGAUGCACUUCAUGUGUGUAGUUAGAGGUUAUAUGUAGUGUGUAUAGAUGAAUUAAGUAAUCGAAUAAGAUUAAUGAAAAAGAACUAACAAAAAGCAUUAAGAUUCAAGUUGACAAAAGAAAGUUAUUAAAUAAGUAUUUGUUAUUGUAUUAUCUAUUUUAUUGAAUUUCUUAUUGUUGCAAUUGAACUUUACUGUUAUUGCGUCCGUGCCAAAUAUUAAGUUUUAUAAAAUUAUUUUAUUCGAUAUUAUUACAUUUUAAAUUUAUUGUAAUAAUAACUAUUAUUAUUAUUAUUAUUAUUGUUGUUCUUAUUAUUAUUAUGGAUACUGUUAACGACAAAUGUAAAAAAAGUAUGUCUAAUACGUACGAAGAUGAAGAAGAACGAAAACAUUUUCAACGAAUUUUUUCGGCUUUUAAACAUUAUAAACCACAUUCAUUACAACGAGUCCGUAAGACAGAAAAUUAUUUAUCAUCGUUACCUCAGCACCACCAAAAAUUGCUUAUAAAUUACCGUGAGCAUUUGCAACAAGUUAAAGUUUGUAUUGAACACAACGCUGAGAUAAUAAAAUUAAUAACACGUGAUGCGUCGAGUAUUUUUGAAAACGUAAAUCCACUUGAUGAACACGAUAAUACAUUAAAUUCACGGCCAAUUCUAGCUGAUCAAGAAAAAGUCCAAGCAACUAUCAAGCAGCUGAUCCGUGAUUGGAGCAUACAUGGGAUGGAAGAAAGAAAAUCAUGUUACCAGCCAAUUAUUGAUGAAAUAAUUAAUCAAUUCCCUUCUGACGAAUGUAAUCCUUCCAAGAUAAAUGUCCUUGUACCUGGAGCUGGAUUAGGACGACUAGCAUACGAAAUAGCCAAGCGUGGUUACACUUGUCAAGGAAACGAGUUCUCGUUAUUUAUGUUGUUUGCUUCAUACUUUGUUUUAAAUAAGUGCAGAGAAGUUAAUUCGUUUAAAAUUUAUCCUUGGGUGCAUCAGUAUAUGAAUAAUUUAUACUCAUCGCAUCAGACACAAGAUUUAUCAUUUCCCGAUGUUAAUCCAAGCGACUUGCCAGAGAAUGCACAAUUUUCCAUGACUGCUGGAGAUUUUUUAGAAGUUUAUCAUGAACACGAUUAUUGGAAUUGCAUCGCUACAUGUUUCUUCAUUGACUGUGCGAAUAAUGUACUCCAAUUCAUUGAAACAAUCUACAAAACUUUAAAACCCGGUGGAAUUUGGAUAAAUUUGGGUCCACUUCUCUAUCACUUUUCUGACAUGCCUAACGAAGAUUCAAUUGAGCCCAGUUAUGAAAUCCUUAGACAAAUUAUUUUAGGCUUUGGUUUCAAAAUCGAGAAGGAACAAACGCAAAUUAAAACUCGUUACGCGCAAAAUAUCAACAGUAUGUUGCAAUGUGAGUACAACAGCGUGUAUUUUGUGUGCAGAAAGCCAAAUAAGCAGUCAAUAGUUGAUAUAAUAGAUAUUAAUGGACAGUGCGAUAACAUUAAAAUCGAUUGUGAUAAUGAUCAUUUAAAUAACCAUGAUAGUCACGAAGAAGAAAUUUAACGUAAAUAAAUAUUUUUUUUUU